AUGGCUAGUGAUGUAAAUAAACAAAUGAAUCAACUAAUUUCUAUUCGUGGGUCUGAUACAUAUCAAGCUAGUAUUCAUACUAGCAUUACACAAAAACAAGAAUAUAUAUAUAGUUUUGGUGUAGCUAAAAGCAAGCUAAAAUUUGCCCUUGCUAAUGGAUUAGUUGAUGAAUUUGUGGAAUUAAUAGAGGAAUUUAUUGAAAAUAAUACUGGUGUUGAUAUUAAUAAGCGAAUGACAAUUAAUGUUACUAGGAUUAAAAACCUGAAAAAAUUGAAGCACAAAGAAUGUCCAAAAAUUCUAAAACCUAUACCAAGUAUUCAAGAUCUAAAUACAGAACAAUUAAAUGAAAAACAAAAUAUUGAAAAAAGUUCAAAAAACAUAAUGAA